CAAAAGCGACAUGUGGUAUUGUCAAGCGGAAAGUCAACGCAACUGCCGGUGCUAAACAGCCACUUAGAUUCUAUUCAAUGAGUGGGAAGAAUCAGAUCGAUGGCUGAUGGAAGGCACCGUAUGACCUCAAUCUCUCUGAUCGGUCGUCAAGUCUAAUCUAAUCGCUUACACUUUUUGAGGUGGUUUCCGCCAAUACCUUGGAAAGUAAAUCCUACCGAAACAUGGCUUUAAUCGUACACGCAUAUCCUAAUUCCCACUUCAUUGGGCCGACACGAGAUGAGGAGCAUCCCACACGCGCGAUAGCAAUCUCUGCCAAAUGGCCGCCUCGUCGCGUUAAACACGUUUCGUCGUCGUCAUGCUUCUACUUUUCCGAGAAGGAAAAGGGCAAAUACUGGAGACCCCACAAGUCUAUUCUACGUCGAUCCAAUGUUCUUCUCGUUAAUAUUUUCCUCCAUUGGUCGCUCUCUACCGUUCCGAUGUCGACACCCAUAGAUUGACUUGCUCGAGAUUUCUCAUGCACGCAUGGAUUGACUAAAACCCAUCGGAUGGGUUAGAAAACAUGUUGUUACAAGUCAUUCAAAGUAUGCAACGCCAGAAAAUAACUAUACACGAUUCCAAGUUGCUCAACUUGUGCUACGCAUGAAAUAAAAGGAACGAAUUGUUAUUUUAAUUUUGUCAUUAUAUCUCAUCUACGCGAGUAUUUCUAUCCAUACAUUAUAACAGUUAACAUUCGAUACAUAUGUCGGUCGUUAUUUUUCCUUGUUAUAUUCAAAUAAUGCGAUGGCUACAGAGCAGAGCGUAGGACCGACCUUUCGGAGUCCAAAAAACAUCUACUCCGAACUCUACCCGAAUAACUUCCUGUUACUUGUGGCUCACACGUAACCUACUGCGGGGGCCACAUGGGAUCAUAAGGUUUUGGGGAGAGAUUCUGAGUACACGAAACAUAAUGCGACCUUUACUUUGUGGUUGGAGUCACGUGCCAAUUGAACCGUUGUGGCUUCGAAGAAGAAGCAGUCGCUCGAUUCAAACCGCGGGUGGCCUCCGCCUCCCUCCUCGGGUCCUUCAUCUCCUCGUCGUUGCCGCAGCUUCCUGUGGAGACUCCACCAUGGUCGAGGGUGACGAGGCGGUCUUCCACACCUGGGACUCUCUUUGGUUCUUCGCCAACAUGCUUUCGCCUCCCUCUCCCGUUCCCAAGAGCGCAGAUAUAUCUUCCCCAUGUGUGCAGCAAGAGAAAGACUGUACUCCCGCAGCAGAUAAAUGCCAAGAAUCAGAAGCAGGAACCACCGGACAAGCAGGGAUCAGCGAAGCAGGAGCCUACAACACCACGGAACACAGGAGGAAGCAGGGGAAGAAGAGAAGAAAUCAGAGAUUUUGCUGCAAGGAGAAGGAGCAGGUCAAGGAUUUGGAAGAGCUGGAAGUGUGGUUGCGUGGACUGAGGUCGAAUGGCGGAGUGCUUACGGCGAGCCGGAGCUGCGGUGGAUUCGCGCACUGUGAUGGGAAUGUCAGGCUUCGUCGUUGCGGUAUGCCUCCUCUUGCUGAUGGCCUGGCCAUGAAGCAGCACCUCAAGUCAUGGGCUCAUGCGGUUGCCUGCGCUGUUAGAUAACUCAUUAAGACGCAGUUCCUCCUUUGAUCGAUUGUAGCAGAAUUCCUCUUCUUCUUCUUCUUCGUUGCCUGCUGCUAACUUUCUCAUUGUUGUUUGUGGCCUUCGUUGGCUUCGCUGUGCUUUGAUAAUGGUGCUGCGUCUCUCUAUUGACAUC